AUGUUUGAAAAGGGUUUUGUUUGGUUAGUUUUACUCUUUUUGUCAUUUUGCUUAAACCCUGCACAGGCUGACUCUAGUUUUGGCGGAACAAAAGGAACCCGAUUUGUUAUGAAUGGGAAACCAUUUUACAUAAACUGAUUCAAUGCGUAUUGGAUGAUGUACAUGGCAUCUGACCCAUCUACGCAGGCCAAGGUUACUUCUGCAUUCCAACAAGCCUCCAAGUAUAAGAUGAAUGUUGCUAGAACUUGGGCUUUCAGUGAUGGUGUUGGGAAAGCCCUUCAAACAUCGCCUGGUUCGUAUAACGAAGAUAUGUUCAAGGGAUUAGACUUUGUGAUAUCAGAAGCUAAAAAGUACGGUGUAUAUCUGAUACUGAGUUUAGUGAACAACUAUAACGAUUUUGGGGGAAGAAAGCAAUAUGUGCAGUGGGCAAGGGAGCGGGGCCAAUCCCUCAACAGUGAUGACGACUUCUACAACAACACUGUUGUCAAAGGCUACUACCAGAACCAUGUCAAGACUAUUCUCACGAGAAUUAAUACAAUAACGAAUGUGGCAUACAAAGAUGAUCCAAUCAUUUUCGCAUGGGAGCUAAUCAAUGAACUCCGUUGCGAAUCUGAUGUCUCGGGAGCUCUUCUUCAGCAAUGGGUGAACGAAAUGGCUGCACACUUAAAAUCCAUUGAUGGCAACCAUUUACUGGAGAUAGGACUUGAAGGAUUUUAUGGGGCAACGACGCCGGAGAAGCAGCAAUAUAAUCCCAAUAACCAAGAGUUGGGCUCUGAUUUCACAGCAACCAACUUGCUUCCACAAGUGGAUUUUGCCACUAUACAUAUCUACGCCGAGCAAUGGUUAUCCGGACAGAGCGAAGAGGCUCAAGCUGCUUUCGUGGAUAAAUGGGUGCAAGUACACAUUGACGAUUGUAAUACAAUAAUGAAGAAACCACUUAUUAUGGCGGAGUUCGGCAAGUCUUGGAAAUAUCCAGGGUACACCAUAGAAAACAGAAACGCCUACUUUGGAAAGUUAUACGACGCCGAAUACAGCAGCGCCAAAAGUGGGGGAGCGUGUGUAGGUGGACUUUUCUGGCAGCUGUUUGCGCAAGGUAUGGAAAACUUCGGGGACGGAUACCAAGUCGUUUUAGAGGAGAGCCCGUCAACUGCUGAUGUCAUUGCCCAGCAGUCUCAAAGGCUCCAGUCGCUAAAUUAA